AUGAAUAUCCCUGCUGAUGAUUUGCAAGAGAUCAAAGGAACUAUUACAUACUAUGUAUUGCAUUUGGCAUUUGCAUCACUACUUCGGUCUAUGGUGAAGUCAAAGCCAAAGGCCUGGAGUCCUCCAAAGACAUCCUCUUUGGUUCAAUGGGAGAACAAAAGAACAUCUAGAGGAGAUACAGGCCGAUUUGUCAAAGCUCGAUGUUACAACAGAACAGCAUCGGUUCAUUCAUCCCCCAGAAAAUCGCCUACCAAGCAGCAAUCUACCAGAGGAGUUCAGGCAGAGGGCGACUAUGAACACUAUGACCUGGGCGAUUGCAACUUGGAGCCUUGUCGUCUUCGCAAGUCCAUGGCAAGUGCACCAUUCACUUCCCCUGUCCCAUGUACUGACACUGAAUAUCAGAGUCAAAAUGACUAUCUGCGCGAGUGGCAGUACAAGACCAAGGACUACUUGGACUUGCUACUUCGGCGAGAGGGUCCACCUUUGAACAGGAUGUGCUCGAUCAGUCAAUGGACCGGGGGAUUUUUCGAAGGCACUUCCUUGACCAAGAUCGGGUUGGAAGUCCACCUUGGCCACGAGGGCGAGCCUUGCCCCGGGCUGACCGACGAGUGGUGCGACACAGAUGAUGAAGGAGACAAUUUGAGUGAAGGCCCAUGGAUACCCUUGGUUAACGAUCCUCGGAUGACCACGGUGGUGGAUACGUCCAGGGCUCCACUCCAUGAUGAUCAGAUUCUCCCUGACAUGCAACUGUUCAAAACCGGCCUCUUCCCUGCGUCUUUCACUUCGCCGAAGACAGCAUUCACAUUUGCGGUGUUGGACGACUUCCUGCUGGACAACCUGGAAUGCGGGACAUCGGCAAUGAACUACUACAGUAAAUUAAGGCGAAUCACCUCAAGCGUGUUUCCCCAUCUGGUUCCAGACCGGUACAGAGAAUUGAUGAGGGUCGGCAGGCAGUGGAGACAAGUGAAGCAGCUCAAGUGGCAUGGGUUUGGCCAUGAGAAGCGAAAGCCGAAGGCAGGGGAGCUUGCACUCUUCUGUCCUGCAUGUCCUCAGCCCGGUGUAAACCUCAAUUUGUCAGACAGAAAUGAGUCCGACCCUGCUUGGCUGUAUUCCAGAUCUUUAGUCAUGGACGGCAAUUUCAAGGCAGAGCAUUUGUAUCCCACCAAUCCUAGCGAUGAGGUCGCAUUGACCGAUGGCUUGGGCUUCAUGGUCAGUGAUUCCCGAUACAAAAUGCAUCUCGCCGAGGCACAGGACAUUGUGCAAAGGUCGGAAUGUAACAACCACCGAGCGGUCAACCAGGCAAAUGCUUCCCGACACAAGCUAGAAGCGACAGGGAUAGGCGGGUGUGCUUGCGCUAGACACGGAUGUUUCGUUCCUCAUUCGAUGGUGGACUUUCAGAAGGGGGAAAGGCAAAUGAACAUGGAUUAUGCGCUAUGUCAAGCUCUGGGGUACAACACCAAUGGUAUCAAUCGGGCAUUCACAUUCUAUGACAUUAAUUGUCAAUACAACAAGCAUCUGAGCAAGCGGAUUGAGGAGUCGCCUUAUCUUGACCUUCCAUGGGAGAUGGACAUUAUUCCUGGCAUUGGGCUCUGGCAUGUCCACGGCCAUCAAGACAAAUGCUACGUGCGAUAUGCAUCCAACUUUAUCACCGGUGCCGCCAGAAUCGACGGCAAAUCAUGGAGACCCUAUGAUACGCAUCAAUCACAAAUCCAACUGUAUUUAGGCAAAUUCCUUUCCCGGAAAUUCAAGGAGGCACUGCAGGGAGUCCGAGACAGCCAACAUGCAUUCGACCGGUUGAGUGAGACUGCCGAGGAUGACACCCUUGCCAAAUGGGAAGCAGAGGCGACGGCCGCUCACGAUGACCGACUGCGUAAUCCCAGCUCCAUGGACAUAUAUGAAGUUCAAUUAACAAAAUCACCAACAAGAAAACAGCAAGAAUUGCACCUGCUGAACCGUCAGGCACAGUGGCCCGCCGGUGAGAUCCAUCGGGGUGCUGCAACAUGGCUGGCUUGUGGAAUAACACUGGAGGAGGCGCAGGUAGCCCUCCUGAUUGAUGUUAAAAAGUUAGGAAAGCGGCCGACCGACACCCAGAAACUGGCCAUAGCCCGGCGUCGGGACAGAUUGCAAGGACAACUGGAUGACUUUGUCAGGGUUGCACUGACAUUUCUCGGCGAUCAAUUAAACAACUGUGAGCAUCUGGACGGCAUGACAGGAAUGUUGGACUCAGCAGAAUUGGAUUCUGUCGGGUCAUCAGGUGAGGAUCCAGAUAGGUCGGACGAUGGAGACCGAUACGAUCUACCCGUGGAGUUCAAUCCCGAGACCGUGGUGAUUCCAUUGCCGUCCAACAUCGGAAUUGAAAGAUGUGCACAGUGGGGCGUUGCUGACCUGGUGCUCCAGGAAAUAUCAUUAAGAGAAGGGCAAGCAAAUGAUGCAUUGCACGCCGUCAGGGUCAACCUGGCCGACAAGGCUGUUCUGUUUCGCACCACGGUUCGGUCGGCAAAGUCGCAAGCAUGCUCGACCAGGGCAUGGGCUCGGGUGCACUCAGUGGACAAGGUCCUUCAUCUAAACACACAGAUAUACUCAAAAUGCCGCAAGCAGCUAAUGGAUCUUGGUGCCGAUGAAUUAUUGACCAAGUAUCAGCUGUUGGAGAAGGCUGACCUCAAGGCUACUACAGUGGUGGCAGACCCGAAUGCACAUGGUCAAAGGAAUAACAUGUUAGCAUGGUUUUGGUCCAUCGAUGUUGAGGGGGAUUCUACAAGCAAUGACUGGAUGAAUGAAUGUCUGCACUUCACUGACCUACAUUUUCCUUUUACCGUGUCCAUUGGCUUAGGACGCUGGCACUGCGUGAUCGUUGGGCAGAUGUUACAGGGAUCUGUAACACCUACUAGAGCCCCAGCUCUCCCUACACCUGCCCCCGCUCUGCUAGACUCCCCGCGCGGCGGUGCGCCGCCUGCGCCUAGAAAGACAGCGGUCUGGACCGCUACGACCCCGCCUCAUGGCGCUAUGACCCCGCCUGAUGCUAUGACCCCGCCCCUGGCCUAGACGGCCUUGUACCUGAUCC